ACCGCCGCGACCGGCCGCAGUCUGCCGGCGUGGCUCACGGAAGUGAGGGGAUUUUUUGCAUCGCUGGUCCUUGUUCGCGGUACCGCACAUUGAACUUUGAUUCUCACGUUCUCGCGCAUCUUUGGUUGCAAUCAGUUUCGUGUGAAAGUGAAUUAUACUGCAGUGAGCGUCUUACGAGACUCCGAAACAUCGCGGCAGUCAACAGUACGACGCCCUUACAUUGCGAGGGCGGUGGAAGGAACCAUGACAAGAAAUCGAUGACCUAUGCACGAGGCGUAUCCGCGAUAUUUCGCCUACUGGUAUCCUUCUCGAGACAGCGAUCGAAAUUUCACCGGUAAACCAUGUCAUCGUCGAAGCCCAGGCGACCUAUUAUAUCGAUCUACAAUUAUCCGGAACACCUGAAUCCGUUCAACGACGAUGCGACGAAUCCUCAACCGCAAACGCACCAAGAAAGCAAAUCGUCGUCGAAGGAAUCCAAGCACAAAUUCUGGACGUUCGGCAGAAGCCGGAAGAAAAGAUCGAACAGCUUCUCCCUCAAGUCCACUUGGAAUGGACUCUUUGGCAAGCGCAAGGAAACUCCAGAACCAACGGCAAAGAGGUCAACGAUUACAACAGUCUCGACAACGUAUAAGAGGGAACCUUACGACAAACCGACAACACCUCCGCGCCUCUCUAAAGAUCAACAAGAAUUCGAUGAAGCCUUAGGUACAUUGACAAGGAGAAGAAAAUACACACUCGACAACAACACAGGAUACGGCUCGAAUUUGACGGUAAAUGGAGAUCCCGCCAGACUUUACGAUGGAAAUCCUCAAGAUACCACCACGUCUAUCAUGAACGUCGAUCUCACACCGAAACCACCAAUCAGAAGAUUUGGACAAGUGAGUCCAAGACCGACAGACAAGAUUCCACCUUUGGAUUUCGACAAGCAGCCCAAACAGAACGGUGAUGUUACCCUUCGCGACAAAUCGGAAGGAACGCCGGUUCCACCAAUACGGAGAUUCGGUAAUAGAGCGUCGCAGAGGUCGAACGGACCCGUAUCAAAUCUUGAGGAAGAUUCGGCUAAUCGACCUGGCGAUACAAGCUUGAGAGAUGAGAACGAAAACGUUGCAGAGGAUUACGUUUUCAAGAGAUUCAGUCAAGACGCUGUAAGGCGAUCGAAUGUGUCCAUCAACAGUUGUGUAUCUGUUACCAGUACGGCAAGCACGUACGGACGUAAAAAACGGAGAGCACCGCAACCGCCGCAACGGCGGGAACAAUUGGAGACUUCUCCGGAGAGUAAUGGACCAUCCGUAAUAGAGGUGAAUAAGGCGGAAUCUACGUCAAAGACGAACAAAGAAGAAGCUACCGAAAAAGCAAGUAAAACCGAACUCCAGAUAGCCGACACGAUUGACAUCGUUAGGGCUACGGAGAACAUCGACGAGAUGACGAAGAAGAGUUGCGAGGAAGAAUUGAACGAGAAAUCAUCACGUGAUGAAGAGGAGCAGAUCAAAUCAGAUCCGGAAAGCCUAGAGGGCAUGUCAAAAUCCGAUGGAAAAAUUGAGAAAAACGAAACGUGCAAAAUCUCCGAAGACUGCAAGCCUGAGACAGAGGAGUGCGAGAAUUCCCCGGAACUUGGAAGUUCCUCGUACAAUCCUGAUGAAAACUCGGAGAAACCUGGACGCGAAAAACAAACGCAAGAAGAAUCGAAAGAGGAGCAAUCGAGUAUUGCUGCAGAUUCUAUCGAGCAAGAUUCCGUGAACGUAGAGUAUGAAAGAACCUCGCAGGAGAAGCUCGAGAUCAUCAAAGACAUUGAUCAGGAUUCCGAUGAAGUUUGCUUAAGAAAGAAAGGUUCGUUAUCGCGGAGCGAUAGUUUCUCCGUGAAGGAGGAGAUAGAGAAGAUCGAGAGGCAAAUUAAGGCUCUGGAGAGCAGACAGGAACAAGAAAGUAUCGACGACGCACACGACGACGAGUCAGCGGCAAGCGGCAGAUUGUCCAUUCAGGCAAAUCGCCGGCACUUUUUCGAGAAUAUGGUGGACGGACCGUCCGGCCCGGUCAAGUUGGAGUUUAAGACGUUGCCGUGCGAGCAAAAGGAUAUCCACGUGGUGAGACUAACAGAUCCACCGGUGCCAGUCGCGGCGCGCCGGGACCCGGUGAAGGUGAUCGAGUUGCACAUCUCCGAACCGAUCAAACGUAAGCCCGAGCUCCUGGACGAGGUGAAUCCGAUACCUAAGCCCAGGAGGCAGAGCGCGCUCAGUUUAAGAGAUCACACCGAAGCUAAGCCCUCGAGUAACGAAACUCAGAGUCCAGGAAGUAACAUAAAAAGAGGACAAUCCGUCUGAGACUCCAAACGAAUUUUCCCCGUAACUUCAGACUUCCCUGAAAGUGAAAUCCUAGCGUUCACUAGGAUAAAUCCGUGCACCGUGCAAAGCACAACUGCGUUUAAUUCUAAUUUCGAUACGAAAAUCUUUUGUUUGCUAGAAACGAACCGUCAGUUGAAGGGCUGUAUGUGUAUUCUACAUCAUGCGUCUGUAUUUUCGACACACAGGAUGUUCUUCGGUUGAAACGCAAUGAUUUUAUACUAACGACAUACGCCGACAUAUCCUGCGAGAGAAUUCACAUGCAGAAUUCUAGCAUUUCUAUCGCGCUGUAAUACGCGUUUAUACACCAGUGAUACACCACCUCCGUUGCUUAUCCUGAAGUUUUACCGUAGAUGCAUAGGUAUACUUUUAUUUAUUGAUACAAAAUAAAUCCUAAGAUCUAUUGUAGAAAUAUUCUGUGAUAAAGAACACGAUUAUUUCGAAUCUAUGAGAAAUAUACAAGUGGAAUAGCUUGAAAUAAAUCUACAAGGAUGCGGAA